AUGACGGCUGAAACUAAAGUGCGGUUCUUGAAGUGCAAAGCCGAAUCGGUGUACAAUAGCUUAAAGCGCAUGGAUAUUUCGCUAGCUAAAGACGCGAUUUGCCUGUUUGGGUCCGCGGAGUUGACAGUUCGGCUAGAACUUCUUGAGCAUACUCAAGCCUCAUUCAGGCUUGCCCACAAUGCGCUGGAGGAGCUAGACUAUUCGGAAAUCGGCAGUGAGCUUAGCGACAAUUUUGAAAUGCUCAUGGUAUCGGUCAAGUCACGGCUAAUACGGCAACUUGACAACUGUCAGCUUCGAAUGCCAACAUCUUCCACUAUGCACCUUGAUCCCAACCUGGAUCAGUCAACUGUCAUUGUUGAUCGAGGGCAUAGGACUCGCCUGCCCGAAGUAAAACUGCCUACAUUCUCUAGUGGAUACACCGAAUACUCUGAUUUCCUCUCCAUGUUUAUCUCGGUGAUAGAUAAGGACCCCUACUUGGCUGACAUAGAAAAGCUUCAACAUUUGCGGUCAUGCUUAGCUGGAGCUGCGCUGGAGUCGGCACACAUCAAUGAAAUUCUUGGGCUCAAGAGGCUCGAGUCUGCGUCUGCUGUGGCAUUGCGGGAUUUUUCGGACAAAAUUAUUGGGCAUAUGCGAGCGCUUCAGGCCUUGGGAGAUUUAAAACAAAUCUCAGGCUGCAUGGUUGUAUACAUGAUAGUGCAAAAAUUGGAUGCAGCAACCCAAGCCAACUGGGAGGAAAGUUUGUCAACGGAUAUGAUUCCAAGCGAGGAGGAUUUGCUCUCGUACCUUGAAGGGCGAUGCCAGAAACUGGAGAGCGUUCAGCAUGCCUUGGCUUCCAACAUGGCCCAUGACCAUUCAGCUCCAAGGCCUGCCAGAAGGACGUUACUUGGUGCCCAGGUCAGCCAGAGUAGCUGCGUUUUUUGUGAUACUCCUGGUCAUGGAAUAUACUCCUGUAGCUCCUUCGCCGGUCUGUCUCCUAGUCUACGGCAAAGGGAAAUAAAAAGACUUUCCUUGUGCUUCAAUUGCCUAAAGAAGGGGCACCACACUCGAACGUGCAACUCCGGCCAUUGCCGCACAUGCGGUGGAAAACACCACACGCUGCUCCAUCUACGCCCUGAUGAUUCACCACCCUCGCAGCCAUCUGCCUCGCUUGCGGCCCAAGGAUUUCAUUCUGAUGUUGUGCUCUUGGCCACCGCUAUAGUUCUUGUAAAGAACAGAGCUGGUUCCCCGGUACCUUGCCGAGUCCUACUGGAUUCUGGAUCUCAACUACACCUAAUUACAUCUCGCUUCGCCCAGGAGUUGCAGUUAAGGAAAUCUCGGUCAGCAGCAACGGUAACUGGUCUUGGUGAUACAGCUGUUUCUUCAGAAGGAUCUACAGUCAGCAUCUCCCUCCAGUCGCGUUCUUCUGAAUACUCUGUGGCUCUAACGGCACUGGUCGUGCCAACGAUUACAGACAGUCAGCCUAGUUACAUCAUUGAUAUCGCUGAUUGGAAUAUGCCAUCUAACAUACAGUUGGCUGACCCUGCAUUCAACUGUCCCCAGCGCGUUGACCUGCUCCUUGGUGCCGGCCUAUUUUAUGACCUGUUAUGCGUGGGCCAAAUUAAGCUGGUUCAUGGAUUGCCUCUACUGCAGAAGACUCGCCUUGGCUGGAUCGUGACUGGUGGUGGAGAUAGACUUCGCGGCAAUACAUCUCUUUUAGCAUCUCAAGGCUUGGAAAAUGGAGCUACACUACAUAAUGUCCGCUUGGAGGAUCUGGUUAGGCGAUUUUGGGAAGUCGAAAAUUUGGACAGUGGAGUCAUAAUGGCCAGCAAGGAAGAGCUGGAGUGUGAGGAUCAUUUUAUCAAAAACUUCUAUCGUCUUCCCUCUGGCGCUUACUCUGUUCGCCUGCCGUUGAAGCACCAUGCUAAAGCCCUUGGCGAUUCCUACACACAGGCACACCGAAGAUUUCUUAAUCUUGAACGCAAACUGCAAAGGAAUCCCCAUUUAAAGCGUCAAUAUGUGGCCUUUAUUAAGGAAUACUUGGAGCUAAACCACAUGUCCAGAGUCAGCCCCGAGGCUGUGGGUCUUUGCAAGUAUUUCCUGCCGCACCAUUGUGUUCUAAAGGAGGAUAGCACAACAACCAAGCUUCGCGUUGUUUUCGAUGGAUCGGCGUUAGCCUCAUCCGGGUCGUCUCUUAAUGAUGUCCUUAUGGCUGGGCCCGUUAUACAGCCAAGGCUGUUUAACAUUUUGAUAAAAUUUCGUACUUAUCAGGUGGCCCUGACUGGAGACAUUUGCAAGAUGUAUCGGUGCGUAAGGGUGAGUGAACCCGAUAACUACUUGCAAUGCAUUUUAUGGCGAGACGAACCGGACAAAGAGCUCGAAGUUUACAAACUGGAUACAGUGACCUACGGAACCAAGCCUGCCUCAUUCCUUUCUGUUCGUGCAAUGCACCAGCUGGCCAUUGAUGAGAGGGAUUCCUUCCCUGCUGGCUCAGUUGCUCUGCAACAAGAUUUCUAUGUCGAUGAUUUCAUCUCCGGUGGAAGCUCUGUUGCUGAGGCUAUUGAGAAAAUGCGACAGACCACUGAGAUACUUGCUCGAGGUGACUUCAAGUUACGAAAGUGGUGCACCAGCCACCACGAGGUCUUAAAGGAUGUGUCAGAUGAUGACAAGGAGAAGUAUUUGAAGUUCGACGAUGGCAGCGAUAUAACCAAAACUCUUGGUCUUGCAUGGGAUCCGGCAACAGACGAGCUGCUGUUCUCUUUAUCGUCUCUAGAUCCCGGCUCCAAGGCCUGCCGACGAUCUGUUCUGGCCACCGUUGCUCGUUUCUAUGACCCGCUAGGCCUUCUUGGUCCAGUAAUCACAAAGGCCAAGGUGUUUCUUCAACAACUCUGCAAGGACAAAUUGGAUUGGGAUGAAAGUUUGCCCUUAGAUCGUAACACCUGCUGGAUUGAAAUGUGCAUCAGUUUUCAGAGCGUUCAACGCAUAUCAUUCCCAAGAUUUUUGCUUCUUUCAGAAACUGAUGUUGAAAUUCAUGGUUUCUGCGAUGCCAGCGAGGAAGCUUACGGAGCUUGCAUAUAUGUGCUGUCUAGGGGCACUUCUCCAGCCAGCAGCCAUCUCUUAUGUUCCAAAUCCCGAGUAGCGCCUCUCAAAACGAUAUCUGUACCUAAGCUGGAGUUAUGUGGCGCCCUGCUACUAGCCAAGCUGAUGAAUGAAGUUAUGAAAAUGGAUAUGUUCAAUGGUCCUUUUCACUGCUGGUGUGAUUCCUCUGUGGCGCUAUCCUGGAUCGGUAAUGAGCCUUUCAAAUUCAACGUCUUCGUGGCAAACCGAGUGGCUUCUAUACAGGAAUUGACUACUAAUAUGAAAUGGCAUCAUAUUCCGACUACACUGAAUCCUGCCGACAUUUUGUCCAGGGGGUCUACUCCGGAUUUACUGGCGCUUUCUGAGAUCUGGUUUCAUGGCCCACCAUUUUUACUUGGUGGUCGCAAGGAUUGGCCUACGCGUCUGCAUUAUGGCGAUCCGAGCCUUGAGUUACGUAAACAGGUGCUGAUGGUCAAGUCACCUCACGUUGAUGUUACCCUUAGAUCCAAGUAUGGCAACUCGUUCCCUUCCAUGCAGCGCGUGUUCGCAUACAUUUACAAAUUUUCUCACCGCUUGUGGCAUCGUGGUCUCGAAAUAUCUGAUGUGCAACAUGCAUGUGGCCUUCUUCGAGUUGGUGGACGCCUCGAAAAUUCAACACUUGCGUAUGAGGCUCGCCAUCCUAUAAUAGUGCCACGUCGUCACCCACUCACCUUAGCGCUCAUCAUGCACUUCCAUAAGAUGAACCUGCAUGCAGGACCGCGCGCUCUGUUGGCAAGCAUCCGACUACAAUACUGGCCUAUUGGAGGACUGCGAACGGUCUCAAAUGUACUGAAAGGCUGUGUGGAGUGCUUCCGGGCCAGGCCCAAAUUUCUGGAACCAAUCAUGGCUAAUCUUCCGAAGGAACGUUUGGAGUGCGUACGGGCCUUUGCUGUUUCUGGCGUCGACUAUUGUGGACCUUUCCUUUACAAAUCAGAAGUUCGCACCAGGUCUCCCAUCAAGUGCUACGUAUGCGUGUUCAUCUGCUUUACAAGCAAGGCUGUGCACUUAGAGCUUGUCAAGGAUCUAACAACUGCGUCGUUUUUAAGUGCUUUGAAAAGAUUCAUUUCUACACGUGGAAAGCCUAGUCAAAUUUGGUCGGACAAUGCUACCAACUUUGUAGGAGCAAAAAAUGAGUUGGCGGAUUUGAAGCGGCUGCUGCUUAGCGAUUCUCAUAUGCAGUCUGUUCAUCAAGCUUGCUUGGCUGAGGGAAUCGACUGGCAAUUUAUUCCGCCUCGCUCACCACACUUUGGCGGAUUGUGGGAGGCAGCAGUCAAGACGGCCAAACACCAUUUCUACCGCUCUGUUGGCCGCCAAACGCUUAGUUUUGAUGAGCUUCGCACUUUGGUUUGUCAGAUUGCGUCAAUCAUUAAUUCUCGCCCCUUGCUAUCCGUGUCAGAGAAUCCAGAUGAUCUUGAUGUUUUGACUCCUGCCCACCUACUUUUUGGUGGCCCCUUCCACUACUAUCAUUGA